AUGGAUAAGAAGCGAUACAGUGUUCAGGAUGCACUGACAUUCAUCCAGGGAGACGACAGUGACUUUGAGAGAUGUGAAAGUAGCUCAGAUGACGACUAUGAAGACCCUGAUUACACUCCCAGCAACAAAGACAUGGAGAAUGACAAGUCGAGUGAGUCUAGUGAUUCAGACUGCAGUGAAUCAGAUGAUUUAGAUGAAGUGCCUCAACCAAAGAUGAACCCUGGACAGCAAAAUACAACUACCCAGGACACAAAACAGUUUUCUUGGAGAAAGAAACCUUUUGAAGCCCCUGAGUGCUCAUUCAAAGGAGAGAGUGCCACACCCCCAGACAAUCUUCAUACUCCCCUGGAGUAUUUCAAGAAGUUCAUCACAGCGGAAAUGCUUGAGUUACUGAAGGAGCAAACAAAUUUGUACAGUGUACAAAAAUCUGCAAAUCACAGCAAUGUUAACACCACUGUUAAGGAGCUGGAAAUAUUGAUUGGCCUCUACCUGCGCAUGGGUCUUUGCCAACUGCCGAGUGCUUACUGGGAAAAUGACACAAGGUGUGCCAUGGUGGCUGACAACAUGUCACGCAACCGUUUUCAGAACCUUCUGGCAUCUCUGCACUUCACUGAUAACACUGAUCAGUCAAACAGGCAAGAAGAGGAUAAGUGCUGGAAGAUCCGUCCGUGGCUUGAGAUGUUUCGCAAACAAUGCCUGGAGAUCCCCCCAGAGGAGCACAACUCUAUUGAUGAGCAAAUGGUCUCUUUCAGAGGGACUCACAGCCCAAUAAGGCAAUAUGUCAAGGGCAAGCCCCACCCUUGGGGAUUGAAAAUUUGGGGCCGCUGCACUUCCUCUGGAAUCCUCUGUGAUUUUGCAGUCUACGAAGGUGGCACUGGGAAAAAAACCUCACUUGGCAUGGGAGGUGACAUUGUGGUCAAGCUGUGUGAAACUCUCCCAUCAAACCAAAACUACAAAGUAUUUGCAGACAACUUGUUUUCUUCAGCACCACUGGUGCUCAAGCUUCUUCAGCGUCAGAUCUACUUUGUAGGAACACUCCGCAGCAAUCGCUUGGCUGGUUGUCAGCUUGAAGAUGAGAAAAGUCUUGCCAAAAGAGGCAGAGGAUCUGUUGAUGUCAGGGUGGAGAAAGAAGAACGCAUGGCCAUUGUCAAGUGGUAUGACAACAGAUCUGUUACCCUGAUCUCAUCCUACUGUGCCAUUGAACCUCAAGACAAAGCUCAACGCUGGAGCAAAUCAGACAAAGCAUUUGUGGAAGUCAACAGGCCAUACAUUGUGAAGGAGUACAACACAUUCAUGGGAGGGAUAGACCUCCUAGAUGCAUGCAUUGCAAGGUACAAGUACCACAUGAGGUCACGGAGGUGGUACCUCUACCUAUUCUGGCAAACCAUAAUGCUAGGCCUUGUUAACGCAUGA